GGCACGCAAUCGGCUGAGCGGCCUCCGCGAGCAAAGACGGGAGGCAGGUGCUGCCUUGCGCCUAACACAAUCGGGGCUAGGAAAUCGGGACGCUUGAUGAUGGCUGUGCCUCGCUGCGCUUCUAAUAGACGGCUGCUUGAAGGAGCAGACAGAUUCCAGAUGGUAUCAGACCAAUUGAGGAGGUUAUUGGGAGUGGAGGGGGGGGAUGUCUGGAGGAGAAGGAGGGAAGGCAAGCAGAACCAGGAAGUCGAAAUGAUUUCGUGUGGCAGAGCCCGUGUUCCUGUCCUCAAGUCGUAACUCCAGGCGCGAUAACAAGCCUGAGCCAUGCAGUCCUUUCGAGAAAGGUGUGGUUUCCAUGGCAACCAGCAGAACUACCAGCAGACUUCACAAGAUACAUCACGCCUGGAGAAUUACAGGCAUCAAAGUCAGGCAGGGCCGAACUGCGAGCGUCAGAGGCUGGUGGCGAAAGAGUACUACAAUCAGCAGCAGCUGCCGUACCCGGGGUACGAGAACAGCGCCGUGGAGAAGUAUCACCGGGGAAAUAAGCAAUUACCUGGCCAGCAGCUGCAAGGCAGGCCGUCCUUUUCGAAUUACGCCGUCCAAGAGAACAGCCCGUACCCGGCCCGCUACUCCGGGGAGGAGAGCCUGCAGGCCUGGGGGGCCCAGCCGCAGGCCCUAGCCGGAGGGGUGGCGAAGUAUGAGGAGAACUUGAUGAAAAAGACACCGGCUCCCCCGGGCAGCCGGCAGUACCACGAGCAGGCGUCGCAGCUGCCAUUCAGGACUCACUCCCUGCACCUCCAGCAGCAGCCCGCCCUGACCUACCCCAAGCUGCCGAGGCAGAAGAUCCAAAAUGACGUCUCCUCACCCAUGCCCUUCUCCCAAAGCCCCCACUUCACCCAGUCCUUCCCGGCCUCCUCCACGUACUCGUCCGUGCCCGGCGGGAGCCAGUCGGCUCACUCCUACAAGAGCUGCACCGCGCCCUCCGGCCAGCCGCAGCACGAGAGGCCGCUGGGCAAUGCCGCCAACCUGGCCUCCGGGCAGCGGGUGCAGAACCUGCAUGGCUAUCAGGCCAACCGGAUGAGCUAUGACCAGCAGCAGCAGCAGCAGCAGCAGCAGCAGCAACAGCAGCAGCAGCAGCAGCCGCAGCCGCAGCCGCAGCCACAGCAGCAGCCGCAGCCCCAGCCUUCCCUGCAAGGAAGACAUCAUGCCCAGGAAACCCUCCAUUACCAGAACCUGGCCAAGUACCAACAUUACAGCCAGCCCGGCCAGACCUACUGCCAGGGCGACGCACCGCCUGUGAGGACGCCGGAGCAGUACUACCAGACCUUCAGCCCCAGCUCGAGCCAUUCCCCGGCGCGCUCUGUCGGGCGGUCUCCGUCCUACAGCUCCACGCCGUCCCCCCUGAUGCCCAACCUAGAGAACUUCCAGUACAGCCAGCAGUCCCUCAGCGCCGGGACGUUCCCUGCCGGCAUCACAGACCACAGCCACUUCAUGCCGUUGCUCAACCCUUCUCCGACAGAUGGGACGAGUCCAGAGGCUCAGCCCGGGAACUGCAAAAGCUUGCAAAAGGAGAAGAUCCCCGAGAACCUGCUGUCCGACCUCAGCUUGCAGAGCCUGACGGCGCUCACCUCGCAGGUGGAAAACAUUUCCAACACCGUCCAGCAGCUUCUCCUGUCCAAGUCGUCCAUGGCCCAGAAGAAAGGCAUCAAGAACCCUCCUCGGACGCCGGAGCAGCUCAAAGGGCAGCACUGCAGCCCUGAGAGCAGCACGUACUCUGCUGAACAGGUGGGGACGCCCCUGUCAGACCCUCUCAGCACCCCACAGUCUGUCCAUGCUGAAACCCAGGAUGCCGAUUACCUGAGUGGGUCUGAAGACCAACUGGAGAGAAGUUUCCUCUACUGCGGACAGGGCCGCAGCCCGGCCAGAGUCAACAGCAACUCCAAGGCCAAGCCCGAAUCCGUGUCCACCUGCUCCGUGACGUCCCCGGAUGACAUGUCCACAAAGUCCGACGAUUCCUUCCAGAGCAUCCACGCCAACCUGCCCCUGGAGACCUUCACCAAGUUUGUGGCCAAUGAAAGGGAGUGCCCGCGGCUGCUCCUGAGCGCACUCUCGCAGGAGGAGCUGGCGUCUGAGAUCAUCGUCUUGCAAGACGCGAUCAAUGAGAAGGUGGACAAGGCUUGGGCUGACUCCCCCAGCUUGAGCAAGGAAGCGACUAAGUCCCCCUUUCAUUUAGAAAACCACAGGACAUGCCUGGACUCAAUGGUAAAGGGCCCGUGGCCCAGCCAAGGGGACUCAAGCACCCUCACUGAAUCCCUGAAGUUAGACAAAGCCUCCGGUGGGAACAACGGCAAGGACUUCAGUGAGGAGGUUUACGAGACUCCCUCGGUGGAGUUCGCAGCCGCAGAAACAAAGAACACCCUCAAAGACGCGGGGUCCUUGGCAUACAACUCCAAGCCCAGCAUCCCAGCUGCUACUUCCAGCUCCGGGGCUGCCAGCUACAGCUGCUACUCCAACACCACCGCCAACUCGGUGGGCUCUGAAAGCACCAUGGAGCAUUUUGACUGGCCAGAUGAAAGCCUCGGCGAAUCCUGCCUGAGGUGGAAAGACCUGGGGUCAAGCCUGCAAUCGUCAGACCUUUCCAAGGGCUUAUUCCACAGCAAAUUGGCUGGGUCUUGCAAGGAGAAAAAAAAUGCCUGCAGCAUGGAGAUGUGCGAUGGCGAACAGCCAGCCAAGAAUGAGCAAGCGAAGGAUUUCAGCCAGCAGGAGCUGGGGGAGGAAGAGGAAGAGACGUUGACGUAUGACGAGGCCACCAAAGCAGAUAAUGAGAGAUGGCUGGAAGACACCAGGCACUGCUGUUCAGGUGGGGACUUCAGCGAGAUUCCCAUGAUAUCGUCUCCGGAUCUGAAGGAGUCCGACUUGGAGCCCGAAGAAUACUCCUCGCUGUGCGAGCUGGCGAGUUCGGAGCAGAAGUCCAUGAUCUAUGACACGUCCCCGCCGAAACCCCCCGAGAACGCGACUGUGCUCUCUUCCAGCGAUGUGCCCGUGUCGGCCGAAGAGACGGUGAGCACGGUGGAGAAAGAGAGCUCCGCUCCUUCCUCUCGGUUGUCCGGCCAGUCCGUGAUCCUCCUCGGCCCAGCCGUUGGCACCGAAACCAAGGUGAAGAGUUGGUUUGAAUCUUCCCUCUCUCACAUCAAACCUGAGGAUGAAGCUGUGGGGAGCGAGGACACUCUCCAGGGAAAGGCAGAACCUGAAAUGCCCUUGUCGGUCAAGGUCAAGAAGCAAGUGGCCCCUGAAAAUCUGCUGAUAAAAUCAGAGCCGACCUUGAGGGCCAAAAGCUUACGGAGCAAGAGGGUCCACUGCAGGCUGUUGGAGAGAGAGGACUCUGGUAAGCUGGGGCCCAGCCUAAUCAAAGACAUCCCAGCGGCUGGCAUGGUGGGCAGCACGUGUGUUGGGCCAGAGAGCCAGCUCGAGACACCAAGCAAAAAUGCCCAUGGCCAGACUCCUCGGUUUCCAGCGGAGGGCUUGCCAGCAAGGAUGUGUACCCGCUCUUUCACUGCUUUGACGGAGCCCAGGACGCCAGCCCCUCUGGAAGGGCUGAAAGCCUCUGACCAUCAGGAAAAGUUGGGGAAGAAAUCGGCUUGUGCCAUUAAGCAGAGAGCUGCCUUCAAGGCCAGGAAGCGCUCUGGGAAGCCAGCCCCCAAAGGUGUCCAAAAUCCCAGCGAUCUGGCUCCAGUCCUGGUCCCAAACCUAGUGCAGAACGAGGACUUGGUCGGCCAGAAGCCUAAAGACCUGGAGGCUCCAGAGACCGAGGUGAAGGAUCAGAGAUCCAUGAUCCUCCGGUCCCGGACAAAGACGCAGGAGGUCUUCUACACCAAGCGGAGGCGGGAGCGGAGGACCGUGGAGGUCCGGCUCAAAAACUGUAAGGCGUCCAAGAAGCUCCUUUCCAACAACCACCUCCCACCUGCCUUCAAGUUGGCGUCCCAGGGCAGCCCGCACAAGGAGGACAAGGUAGGCAAGAGAAUGAAGCUCCCCAAGCCGGGGGCUGGCAUGGGCAGCAAGAUGUCUGAGCGGCCGCUGCAUUCCCUGAAGAGAAAAUCCACCUUCCUCUCCCCCAUCCCGGCCAAGAAGAGGAACUUGGUUUUACGGAGCAACAGCAGUGGCACCAAGGAUGAGAAGCCUGACACCUCCCCCAGCUUGUUCAAACGGAUGCCGUCCGCCAAGAAGGCAAAGGCCAAACUGCCCACCAAGAGCCCCUGCGAGGCCGUCCUGAAGCCCCCUCCGGCCAAAGAGACCCCUGACGUCUGCAUUAAAAUCACCUCCCGGGCCGCCUUUCAGGGGGCCACGAAGACGAAAGUCCUGCCUCCGCGGAAGGGCAGGGGCCUCAAGCUGGAGGCCAUCGUGCAGAAGAUCACGUCUCCCAACCUGAAGAAGUUUGCCUGCAAAACUGCCGCCGCCGCCGCUGCCGCCACUACCGCUCGCCGCAGCCCUCUGAGCCCCUCCGCCGCAGAGAAGGAGCGGGCCUUGAAGCAUGGGAGCGUAACCCCAGCGGUGGGAGAAGCCAGGCCAUUGAGCCAGGGCAUGGCACAAAAGUCUCCUGCCGCUUCAGUAGCAGAGCAAUUAUGCAGAAAUUCGAACAACAGAUCCUUAAAAGGGAAACUAAUGAACGGCAAGAAACUGUCCUCCGACUGCUUCAGGGGUGAGGCCUGCUUGUCUCCCGAGCCGGCACAGCACGGUGGCAGCAUGGCCGCCAAGAGCCUCGGCUUGCUGCCCAAGAAGAGGAGCCGGAAGGGGAAAGCCGCAGCCCUUGGCCUGGCCAAGAACCCCCUGGACAAGCGGGCUCCCCUUGCCCCUCCUUUGCUCCUGACAGCCCGGGAGCGGGCGGCCGCGGGGAACACGCUGGGCAAUGGGGAAGAGGGACAAAGGGAGGGGAAGAAGCCAAAGAGCGAGGACAAAGACUUUGCAAACAGCGAAGGCCCCGAGGGGAGAGCUGCCCCGGGCCAGGCCCGGGCGCCGAAGCAGCGAGCCAACCACUCCAACUACAAUGGCUACUCCAAGCGGCAGAGGAAGCGGCUCGCCCGGGGCAAGGCCAAGAGCGUGGCGUCGCGGUGUAAGAGCAGGGGCAAGCGGCGGCGGCAGCAGCAGCAGGCCCCUCUGCUCCACCCCACGGAGCCGGAGAUCCGCCUGAAGUACAUCUCGUGCAAGCGGCUGCGGACAGACAGCCGGGCGCUGCCCUUCUCCCCGUACGUGCGCGUGGAGAAGCACGACGAGUUCACCACUACCUGCACCGUCAUCAACUCCCCCGGGGACGAGGCCAGGCUUCAGAAGGAGCAGCACCGCUCGUCCGCGGCCCAGGCCCUGCCUCCCAGCGGGGCCGUGCCGCAGCCCCGAGCGGCGCUGCCCUCGUCUUCCACCAUGCACCUGGGCCCCGUGGUGUCCAAGACGCUCAACGCCACCUGCCUGGUGUGCUGCGUCUGCCGAAACCCAGCCAACUACAAAGACCUGGGGGACCUGUGCGGGCCGUACUACCCCGAGGACUGCCUGCCGAAGAAGAAGUCGAGGCUGAAAGACAAGAUCAAAGCGGAGGGGCCAAGCGACGAGGCGCCCCUGCCUCUGCCCGCCGAGCGCGUGCUCAAAGCGACGGAUAAUUGUCCAGCGAGCGCUGCCGCCGGCAAGGUGCCGAGGUUGGACAGCGCUGCCGACUCGGCCAAGCAGAGCGCCCUCCGGUCGAGCUCUAGGGGGAUGUUCAGGAAACUACAAAGCUGUUACUGCUGUGAUGAGAGGACAGAGGGCGAGGAGGCGGCGGAGAAGCCCAAGAGGCACGAGUGCAGCAAGCCCGAGUCCCCGGCUCAGGAGCCGGCGGGCGACACGCAGGAACACUGGGUCCACGAGGCCUGUGCGAUAUGGACCGCUGGGGUUUUCCUGGUUGCGGGGAAGCUGUAUGGGCUGCAGGAGGCGAUAAAGGCGGCUGCUGAAGUGAAAUGCUCGAGUUGCCAGCAAACAGGAGCAACUGUUGGCUGCUGCCACAAGGGAUGUGCCCAGACCUAUCACUACGCAUGUGCCAUCGACGCAGGUUGCUUAUUAACUGAAGAGAGUUUCUCUCUGAAAUGUCCCAAACACAAGAGGCAUCCCUUAUAAUCCGCCAGCUGGGAAGCGGUCGCCCACCCAGGUGCUUGUCUCGCGUCUCAGCCAUGGCUGCGAGGGAGAAGAG